AAUCUUGUAGACAAGGGGAAAAGUGAAAAAGUGAAACAAGAAUUGAGGGAAAUGAAUUAGAUUUUGAUUAAAAUGGUCACUCAAUUGCAUUUCUACUAUUUAUUUCCUUGAGUUAUCCUCAUCACCAUUGAUAGAUUACAAUUUAAUCCACAUAUUUUUUUAUAUGUGAAGAAAUUCUCUUGAUGGGGCGGGUAUGGGUAUGGGGCGGGGGAGGUCAAAACCAUACCCGCCCCAUACCCAUCAAACUUUUUGCGGGUUUUACCCAUACCCGCCCCAUACCCGGUCAAAGCAGGGAUUCCCCACGUUGACUGGGUCGGGGCGGUCGGAUACCCGCGGCCAUGGGUUUUAUUGCCAUCCCUAGUCAAAGCACUAACGGACAAGUCAUGACAUUGCAAUUAAUAAACUAACGGAUACCGCUCUGGGAUAUGAUCAAAGUUGGAUCUGGUUUCUCUUAUCUAAACUCAAUGGGUGUAACUAUUACAAAAAUUCGGUGGGUUUAUAAACAUAAUCUACAUUAUUAUUAUUUUUAAAUCCACGUCACUAUAUUAUCUAAAUUUUUUCUAUGAAUAUAUCUCCAUAAAAACUACUAGUCUGCUAACAUUCAUAAAUUAUCCAUAUUAUCAGGUUUAUAUUGCCUUAAAAUGAAAAGAAUCCAUAAAUUGUUCAUACUGUUCUAGUUAGAGACAAAAUAAUAUCGUGCUGCUCUAUGAGUGGGUGUCGGGUCACGGAUGGACAUCACGUUGGGUUUUGAUAAAAGUCAAACCCAAUCUGAUAUGACAAUUUCAAAGCGGGUAAAAUUCGCACCCGACCCAAAACACUUCAACAUUGAAUUUUAUCAGCACUCAUUAGAUUGAAUCAGAUUGCGUACCCGUAAGUUUGUGUUCAAUUGUUAUCCCUACUUUCACAUUAAAUAAUUUCACCUCUGUGUUGGAUUCUCUGAGGGUGAGAUAUGAGAGUAGGGGUGGACAUCCAUUCGAUUCGAUUUGACCGAACCACUCCAUCUCCCUCAAAAGAACCCAACACAAAAGAUUUAAAAAAUUACUCGGCCCAAAAGAAAGAGGAUAAUAAGCUAUAAGAAGGCCCAGUCCAGCCCAGCCCAGCCCAUUGAAACUCCCACAAAGCUGCUAUAGGCUGCUCUGUCUUUCUCCAUUACGAUGAUGAUCUACAAUGCGCGCUCUCUUCUUCAUAAUUAGAUGUAUGUAUUUAAUUCACUUUUACUUUCUCUCUCUCUUGAAUUUGGCCGGUUCGUUUGGCCGCCCGCCGCCUUCCCCUCCCCUCCUUUCCUCCGCCCUCCACACAUUCCAAUCGUGCCCCCGCCCUUAUCCUGCGCACCACUCUCCGCUUGACCGACCCACCGCAUUAAUUUUCCCCACAAAGAACUAAAAAUAAAAUAAAUAAAAAAUAAUGACCACCGCGGCCACCGCACGAAAUCUGCUAACCUGCGCCUCCCCACCUCCUUUAUACCUACCACCACCACGGCCACCACCAUAACCCCACCGCCUCUCUCCUUUCUCUCUCCCUCUACCUCUUUACAAUCGGCCCUCUCCCACCCACAAAUCUCCAAAAAACGAUGUCUUCCUCCUCCGCCGCCGCGGCCGCCGCUGCAGCGGCAGACUCCUCCUCCGCCGCCAGAAAAGUCCCCCCGCCGUGCUGGACGAGGGAGGAGACCGUCGAGCUCAUCAAGGCCUACCGCGACAAGUGGUUCGCCGUCAACCGCGGCAACCUCCGCGCUGCCGACUGGGACGCCGUCGCCGCCGCGCUCGCCGAUUCCCCGGCGCCCUCCGACCCUCCCAAAUCCGCAGUCCAGUGCCGGCACAAGAUCGAGAAGAUCCGGAAGCGGUACCGCGCCGAGAAGCAGCGGUGCGCCAAUUUUCCAGGUCGGUUCUUCUCUUCCUGGGACCUGUUCCCUCUGUUGGAUGCCAUGGAGAUCGGAUCGAUCGGGACUAAACAGGAACAGGACGUCGAGAAAUCGAGCGGCGGCGGGGAUCCCGUAGGGGAAGGGUUCCGCGUCAAGAUGCCAUCGGAGAGGCAUCAGCUAGAUCCGGAUUUGGAAUUCGAUCCGGAUUUGGCAUAUAGGGCUAGGAAAUUCAGCAAGGUGAACGGCGGAGGUUAUGGCGAGGCCAUCGAUUUCGACAACCGGGGUGGCUCUUCUCGAGCUGGAUUCAUGAUGAACAAGGAUCAGAACUCGGUCUCUGUAGCGUUUAUGCCUAAAGAAUACGGUAGAUUUGACAGGAAGCUCGGAGGGAAUAGCAGUAAUUUUGGGUUUGACACUGAUUAUGGGAGUGGUGGGUAUGGUAGGAAACCUAGUGGGAAGUUGGAGAGGGAUGAUUUGAUGAACGGGAAGAAGAUUGCCGAGGAAUGGGGCGGUGCAGGCUCUGUCUCUUCUUCUAGGGUUAGAGUGAAGAGCCACCCGUACCAUUCUUCUUCACAGCCCGACCGGAACUCGAAUGGAGGGUUGUUUCCCAAUGGGAAGAUGAAUGGUAGUGGUGGUGGUCUUGCUGAUGAUGGAGCUGGCAGAAAAGAUCCCGUGGCAGAAGUUGUCUCUGCGAUCAAGAUGCUGAGGGAAGGGUUUGUGAUGGUGGAAGAGAUGAAGAUGGAUAUGGCGAUGGAGAUCGAGAAGAUGAGGAUGGGGAUGGAGUUGAAGCAUAACCAGAUGCUGCUCGAGAUGCAGCAGGACAUCGUGGAGGCGUUCGCCAAGGCCUACGAGAAGAAGAAGAAGAAGAAGAAGAGCAGCGACGUUAACACGAAGAAUAAGAAGAGGAAGGUGGAUGUGAUGAUGUCGCCGAAUUCGAACAGGAAUGGUGGCGAUUCGGAGGUUGCAGCUACGGAUUUUGAAGCCAUUGACUGAAGCAAGUAAGCAAAUGAUGAUGAUGGUGGGUGGGUUUUCAGGUGACUAGUCAAAACAAGAACUUUCCUUACUUUUUUCUUGUUUGGAUUGAAACCAUCGAUCUUGCUUUGCUUUGUAUAUGGUAUAUAUACUACGAAGAUUCCUUUUGGGUUUAGGAAUGGUAGGAUGAGAAGAGGAUUGUGAUGGCUGGUGAUGAUGAUGUUUUAAUCUCUGGUCUAGUAAGUAUAGUUGUACGUUAGGGGAGAGAUUGAGAUUCCAUCAGCUUGGUUUAGAUCUCCUAUUGGUUUUCUUUUUACCCUUUUUCAUCUAGUUGCAACAUUGAAGAAAAAGAAGGCCUUUUGUUCUGAGUUCAUUUGAAUUACUGAACUAUGUACGGUCAUGGUGAGUUGAUGUAUUAAUCAUCGAUCUUUCUUUUGUGUAGAAGAUAAGAACACAAGGGCAUGCAAUUAAAUAGCAUCUCUAUUCAUGUUUUGGUUUCAAUCUCAUCUUUCAUUUUUUUUUUUUUUUGGGGAUAAUGCAGUCAUUUGGAGAGUCUUUAUUGCCUUCUGCGACCAUUUUGAUUUUUUACUGCAUUGUAAGGAAUUAGUCUAGUAUUGGUUUCCUCCUGUCCUGGGUUCACCCCUUUUGAUUUUUGGAAUGUUUGAAUUGAGUUUCAUGAAUGUAAAUAGAUUAUAUGCAAGAAAAUGGAUGGUUAAAAUUUGAGUAUAUUUGAAGAAAAGACUACAAACAUAGUAAAAGUUUGUUACUGAGCAUAGUUGCUGCCGUAUUUUAAGCUCAACAGUGAACUCUCUUUACCAGGCAAAUAAGCUUAACCGGAAUUUUCAAAACUUCCAACCUGGCUUUCAUCAAAACUAGACUGUAGGUAUUCAACUCUCCCUCAACCCUGAUCCUAUUAGCCAGGAAGAAAAUUUUCCAUGUUGGUUGUGAAGAGGCCUAGGAAGGGCAAUGGGUGGGUUGGGUGAACUUUUGGGCAAAAUUCACCCACCUAUUGUUACGGUGGGUGACGAAAAAUUGACCCAUACUUACCCAUUUGUAUUGUACUGUGUGGGUGGGUUGGAUGGGUGACAACGAAUGAUGGGUGGAUUUGACUUUUUGGUAGAUCAAAUUAUUUUUAAUUAAUUAGACAAUGAGUCAUAAAAGUUGGCAUAAAAACUAAUUGAAUAUCAAUGCUUCAAAUCUAUAAAAAUGAUAGAUAUUAAAUGUAGUUUAUUGCA